CUUGUUGCCAAACAUGCUUCCUACAUAUGAUGAAUUACCUAUUGAUCCUAAAUACCCUCCUAAAACUGCUUGGGGAGUCUGGGGAAUAGGUGAUAACUAUGGCACGAUUAAUCUGUUGACACCAGAGCGUAUAGCAAAGGCAUCAACCUGUAUUCGUCAGGGUACCACUUUCCCCCUCAACUGGAAACUUGAGCAACCAAACCCAGGUUUGUUUGGAAGAAAAUUGAUUCAACAUGAAUUCAAAUGCGGUGAGCUUGGUAAUACCAGUUUUUGGGAUGAUACCUACCAUGAAUUCAACACACAGGCAUCCAGUCAAUGGGAUGGUCUAAGACAUUUUCCACACUGCCCUUCUGGCUUGUUUUAUAAUGGUCUUGAGUCUUAUACGAUUGCCAAGGGACUCAAUGAACUCACGGGGCGGUUAGGUAUCCAUCAUGUGGCUCGACGAGGUAUUGUAGGCCGUGCUGUCUUGCUUGAUUAUGGCCAAUGGGCCAUGAAACACAAGUCUGAUUAUCAUCCAUUUGACAGGGAUGAAAUCACAGUACAGGAACUAGAUCAAGUGGCCCAUGCUCAAGGAGUUGUGUUUGAAGAAGGUGAUAUUCUCUUGCUUCGUACAGGAUGGAUGGAAGCAUAUGAAAAGCAACACCGAGCAUGGACAGACACACCUCCUGCUGCUGCGGGCGUUCUACCUUGUGAAGAUACCUUUCGAUGGUUAUGGAAUCAUCAUUUUGCUGCUGUUGCCUGUGAUAAUUUCUCAUUUGAAGUAUAUCCUGUUCAAGAUUGGAAUACAAGUUGCCGUAAGUAAAAUAGCUUGACUCUGUGUCAUCCUCAACUUCUUUUAAAU